AUGGCGACAAACAGGAGCGGUGUCGCGUGGCCGUACGGCGCGCCGCAGACCAAAGGGUUCAAGGUGGUGCUGCUCGGCGAGAGCGCCGUGGGCAAAUCCUCGCUGGUGCAGCGUUUCAUCAAGUGCCAUUUCCAAGAGAACGCGUCGGCUACGAUCGGCGCCGCCUUCCUCACUCGGACUGUGAGCCUCGGUGACACCACCGUCAUGUUUGAGAUUUGGGACACUGCGGGACAGGAGAGGUACCACAGCUUAGCACCCAUGUACUACCGAGGGGCGCAGGCCGCCAUCGUCGUGUACGACAUCACCAACCCGCACACAUUCGUGCGCGCGCGCAACUGGGUCAAACAGCUUCAGCGGCAGGCGUCGCCGUCGAUAGUGAUCGCGCUCGCCGGCAACAAGAGCGACCUCGCCGCCAAGCGCAUGGUCGAGUUCGAGGAGGUCCAGGCCUACGCCGACGAGAACGGGCUGCUCUUCAUGGAGACCAGCGCCAAGACCGCCAUGAACGUCAACGACAUAUUCUUAGCGAUCGCGAUCAGGUUACCAACUAACGAAGGUGGCGCGGCGGCGCGCGGUGCGCGGCGCCUCACUGACGGCGAGCGGCCGCGCAGGUCAUGCUGCAAGUGA